GUGCGCGGAUGAGUUCCGGUCAAGUGUGUCGCCCGCAAUUUCACCCGCCGUUACACCCGUGGCUGUCCGAAUCCGCGAAAGCGCUGCCGGGCAGCGGUUGGGGUGCCCCCUUUGAACCCGAGAAACCGACGCAAGCGCCUCUUUUCUCGUUCCCUCCGACGCCGCCCAAGGAUUCGACGCCGGAUUCCGUUGCCGCAAACGCGGCGCUCAACAAUGCAGCCGCGGGGGACUACCAAGCGGUCGUGAAUGCCUUCAUGCAGCAGAACGAGCAGGCCUGCGUUGGUCUAGAUGUGAAACCGUCCGCGAUGAACGGAGGAGGUGGCGGCAGCAGCAACGGAGGCGGACAGAAGCAGAGGGAAGGUCUGUCAACAAGCAUAGCAUCAACCACGGACUCAACGUCUGUCUAUCAUCAUGACCGGAGCAUGGAACAGUCAACGCACGCAGGCACAGGCACGGGGUACCAUCAUCCCAGUGCCGUCAAUGCCAGUAGUAGUAGCGCGUAUCCUGGUUUCCCAGGAGAUUCCUAUCCCGGUCCGUUAGGGCUCUAUCCUCACUCGACGACGGUGCGUGCGCCUCAGUCCAGCUCCCCUGUAUCCAUCAAGCCCAGAAAUAAGGCGAGAACUAGCGCCGAGGGUCGUGAGUGCGUGAAUUGUGGAGCAACCUCAACGCCUCUUUGGCGACGAGAUGGCACAGGACAUUACCUCUGCAAUGCCUGCGGACUUUACUAUAAGAUGAAUGGACAGAAUAGGCCACUAAUCAAACCCAAACGAAGACUGGUGAGUUUAUAUCAUUUAUUUUUAUAA